AUGGAUGGUUCAUGUUUUCCUUCCAUGAAUUCUCACUCGAAAAAUGCAGAGAGAAAGAUAAAUCAUACCUCAAACAAGAGUGACGAUUAUCUGCCAACAACCCCUCGUUCAUGGAACAGAAGUGGCAGUUUCAAAAUCCCUCCACAUCUUCAGACAAGAAAUGGAAGCCUUAGGAGAAACACUACAAUCAUGUAUUCUAAUUCUUCUGGGAUGCUAAAACCCCCACCAAUUGAGAAAAAGCUGGAAUGCACCCUCGAAGAGCUGUGCUAUGGAUGCAAGAAAAAGAUCAUGAUCUCAAGGGAUGUCCUCACAGACACAGGGGAAAUAGUUCAAGAGGAGGAAAUGCUAACAAUAAAUGUACAGCCAGGAUGGACAAAAGGAACAAAGAUAACAUUUGAAGGAAAAGGGAAUGAGAGACCUGGUGCAUACACAGAAGAUAUAAUAUUUUUCAUCUCAGAGAAAAGACACCGAUUGUUUAGAAGGGAAGGGGAUGAUUUGCAAUUGAGUUUAGAAAUUCCUUUACUGAAGGCACUUACUGGGUGUACAAUAUUAGUGCCCCUGUUGUGUGAAGAGCAAAUGAAUUUGACAUUGGAAAAUAUCAUAUACCCUGGCUUUGAGAAGAUAAUCCCUGGCCAAGGCAUGCCAAUUUCAAGAGAACCGGGGAAGAGAGGUAAUUUGAGAAUUCAAUUUCUAGUUGAGUUUCCAACACAACUCACAUGUAGUCAAAGAUCACAGGUUGUUCGUAUAUUACAGGGUUGUUGUUGA